UUUUAAAUGUAUAUGCGACUAAAUUUAAGUGCAUUUUAAAAGUGUAUCCAGUGUAUAUGGAUUAAUACAAAUAGUAAUUGGAAUAAGCGAAUAUGAUUCCAUACAUUAAUGUAGAAAGCCUUCUACGGCAUAUAUAUAUAUUCCUUUUGGCCUGCUCCAUUUUACUCACAGAUGGAUCAUUUGUAAUACCAGACAAUGAAGCUUCCACAACAGCCCCAAAAUUCUUGUCAAGAGGUCACCUCUAUAAAGUUAUUGUUGGUGAAACUAUUGAACUCCCAUGCAAAGUUCAAAACUUGGGAUCCUUUGUAUUAUUGUGGAGAAAGGGCUCGUCUGUGCUCACUGCUGGACAUUUGAAAAUCUCAAGAGACCAGAGAUUUAAAAUUGUCGGAGACUAUAAUCUGCAGAUUAAUGGAGUUAAAACGCAAGAUGCUGGUGAUUAUAUAUGUCAACUUGGAGAUCAAGAAAACCGUGACCAAGUCCAUACUGUGGAAAUAUUAGUGCCUCCAACGCUAAGGGCUCUUCCACACAACGGCCAAGUGACAGCCAGAAAAGGCAGUACCGUUACUUUAGAGUGCAAAGCCUCCGGAAAUCCAGUUCCUACAAUAUACUGGUUUAAAAAAGAUGUGUAUUCUGGGCCGACGCAUCUGUCAGAUAGUUCCACAUUAAUAUUGGAAAAUGUUGACAGACACCACGCUGGUACAUAUCAAUGCUCAGCUGAUAAUGGUGUCAAAGAACGCGUAUCAAUGGAUAUUCAACUGACAAUAUUAUCUCCUCCAGAAAUAACUGUAGAAAAGGCUUGGGUUCAUGCUGCUGAAGGAUAUGAUAUAGAACUAGUCUGCGUUGUUCAUGGAGAUGUCAAUUCUGAGAUGUUGUGGUACCAAAAUUCAUUUUUGCUGGAUCCAACUGAUCGGCGGUCUAUGUAUCCCCAUGAUGAUAGAUACAGCCUUAUUAUUCGAAAUUUUCAACCCACCGCCGAUAACGCUUUGGGAAGAACAAAGAAAUACAUUGAGGUCUCUGGACGUCCAGGCCCAGCAGAUUUCAUUUCACCCGCCCUAAGUGGGUUUCUGGAUCAUUACAAUUUGACUUGGACAAUAGAGUCUAUCCCACCCUUAGAUGAGAUAAAGCUCCUAUAUCGCCGACUUUUGAUGAACGAAACAUACCAACAUCCUGGAAAAUGGCAUGAGUAUCAUAUUAAGCCAAUUCCGAUUCGAACAGACGGAACACAUUUUUUGAUGUCUUACGUAGUAAGAAAUUUAGAACAUAAUGCUGUCUACGAGGCAAUUGUUCAAGCUAAAAAUAAAUACGGAUGGAAUGAGAUAAGCGACAUUCAUCAGUUUUAUACGCGGAAUCACGAUCUUCUUCUGGACAUCGAUAUGGAAUACAAGAUGGGCAUUUCGUCUAGUGAAAAAAGAUCAUUUAAAUUGGUCGGAUUGAUUUUACCCUGUUUAUUAUUAAUGUAUCAUCUUUUGUUAAAUGUUUAAGAACACUUAUUUAAUUUCAAUAGUAAGUUCAA